GAAAAAUUCAAAUCAUGCCCUAGUUGGGUGAAGGAAGCGCCCUUUUCUCCACCGCUCAUCCGAUACCCUUCUCGCCGGCGAGGGCGGUUUGUUUUUCCGGUGACGGUCGAUUCAACCAGAAGCUCGAAUAUCAUGGCUGCGAGCCGUCUGAUUCGUAUUCCGCCAUUGUUGUGCUUGUUGCUGCUUUCCGCAGCUGCUCAACUCUCUGCCCUCAUAGAGGUCGAUCUAAAACAUCCGGUGGUGGAUGUCACUCCAGUUCACAUAUCUGGACAUUCAUCGUCUAGAGAUAUUGUAUCAUGCGAACGUGUUUUAGUUUCUGGUAUAUCGAGAUUGAAACUAGGCAGCUAUGCCAGCGCACAUCGUGUCACGUUGAUCCCAUCAGCAGUUAUCCCUGAGAGGUUGCAUGGCAAGAUUCAUAUUUGCUCUCACAAGAAUUCUUCACUUGGGCUGUGCCAGUGUGAACAAGACGAUUGGAAAAGCUUACAAAAAGGGGCAUGGAGCUCUGUAAUGUCACCUUAUCAGGACAUGUUAAUUGAUGUAAAAUAUGUUGGCGAUUUUACUGAUUCUGUCACCGUCACUAUUGAAGAAGAUUCACAAAAUUGGCGUAUUCUAUGUCUUGCUCUGGGCUUGAUUCUAUUGAUAUUUGCUCCAAUUGUCAGCAGUUGGGUCCCCUUCUAUUAUAGCAGCUCAAUGAUGAUUGGAGUUUGCCUUGUUAUAAUUAUCAUCCUUUUCCAGGGAAUGAAAUUACUACCAACUGGAAGGAAAAAUGUGUUCUACCUAACUAUAUAUGGAUCAGUGCUUGGAGCUGGAUCAUUUUUGCUGCAUCACUUCUCGAUGUUAAUCAAUUCCAUUCUUUUGAAUUUUGGUCUUGAUGAAGAGCUACAUAACCCUUUAUCUGUAUUUGUUCUAGUUGGGAUUAUUCUUUCUGGAGCUGGCUUUGGAUAUUGGCUUGUGAGGAAGUAUGUUGUUUCAGAUAAUGGAAAUGUGGAUGCGGGAGUGGCUCAUUUUGUAAAAUGGGCAAUUCGGAUCAUUGGUAUCACUUUCCUUCUUCAGAGCACAUUAGAUACGCCUCUGGCUAUUGCUGUGCUUGUUUCGUGGUGGUUGCUAUGUUCUUAUAUAAAUUCCAUGAUGCAACACAGAGCAAGAAAUAGUGCUUUGAGUGCACGGAUAAAUAAGCAAAUGAACUUGACACCAUCAAAGCAGGCUGAGUUUUAUAGGAAGUCACAGCGACCGGGCUUUUAUGGCUCUGUAUCUAACAGCCCAAAGAGUUCAUCACCCUGGUCUGAUUCUACUGUUAGAGGACUGCGACAAUCCGGUAAAACAAGGGGAAUAAGAAAGGAACCUGAGUACUAUUUCUCAACCUACCACAAAACACCCAACAGGAAGAGAUUCUCCAGGAGGGAAUGGGAGGAGCUCACCCAAGAAUCCACCAAGGUGGGGAUUGCAGAGCUAGCAUCUUCGCCCGUAUUCGCAGACUGGGUCAUGAGAAAUGCCAACAGAGUGCAGGUGGCCCCCACAGAAGAGAGUUCGGAUGAAACGGUCGAUAGUGGGUCAGAUGAUGACAGUGCUGCAGAGAGCUGUAGUGGAAUCAGCUUGUUCAAGUGGCAGCAGUGAACAACACAUAUACAUCCCCCACCACCACCACCACCACCUCCACCGCCGCCGCCCAUUCUGAUAGAGGAACUGAUGCAGUUUUUAGCUCAUUACUAUAUUGACCAACUGGCAGAGUUUGUAAGAUUAACUAAUUACCUUUGUAGUCUGUAGGCAUGGAACAUGUGAAAAAGAGGGCUGGUGUUGGAGAUGCACUACAUACUUUUUUCUGUCUAAUUUUUUUGUGUGAAUCUAGGAUUCAUAAUUGCCAUUCUACCAUUGUCUUUUUUUGUGAAUAUGUUUUAUUGCUCCACCAAUAUGUAUUUCUCACUUGAUUCCUUGCACUCUUGCAGCAUAGCAACACUUGUAAUCACUUGAUAACAAAUUAGUUAUCUUUUA